CGCCCCCUCAGCACUCUGAUCUUAGGGCAGGCAGGCAGAGUGUAAAAUGGCGCACAGCUGUCGGUGGCGGUUCCCUGCUCGGCCUGGUGGGAUCACCAACGCGGGCAGCGGGAGGAGAGCGGGCCGGAUACGGGUCACUGCCUCUCUCCGAACUGGCACCGGGACCCACCCGAACACGAACGGGCUCGGCCCGGGCUUUGACGCCGCGUUACAAGUUUCUGCUGCCAUCGGCAACAACCUGCAGAAAUUUCGGGAUGUUUUUGGAGAGGCGAGUGGCUCCAGCAGCGGGGAGGAAGAGCCGUUCUGUGGAUUCGGAGCGCACAGUGAAAACAGAAGAAUACAGACCUCAGCGAGGACCCCUAUAGCCAAGUCACCUCAGGAGAAGAAGCCCAGAGGAAGGCCCCCAAGGGCUCUGGUCACGCAGAGAGUACCUCUGGAUGGGGGGCCACCUUCGCUGCCUGCCUCCACCUCCCAUGGCAAGCCCGAAGGGACUGAUCGGCCCCCGGAAAAGACUAAGCGUCCCCCAGGGAGGCCCCCGAGCACCGGGGAGAAGAGGCGAGGCCGCCCCCCAACGUCAGGGCUCCAGAAGAGCCAGGCAGCCCUUGAGGAAGACCGGGAUGGAGGGGUACAGCGCAAGGAGGUGCCUCAGGAAGAAAGGAGCAAGAAAAUGGUCAGGAGGCCUCUGCCUCUGGUGGCUAUGCCUCUCCAGCGGGCCCAGCAGCCUGAUGUGGCCAAGCUCCCCCGGGGGCCCAGGGUGGGGCGCAUCUCCAAGAUAACCAAAAUAAAGCAGCUGCGGCCCGUCAAACUGGCCCCCCUCAAGUCGAGACUCAAAGCCGUUGGGAGGAAGGUGGUCCCCGUUCCGGUGAUGCCACGGCGCAAGCGGGGACGGCCCCCGUCCGCAGAGCGCCUCAAAGCGGAGGCGGCCAUUGUCCCCCCAGCCCCCUCUGCACCUGUCCUGGAGGCCCCAGGAACCAGGAGGCAGAAGUUUUUCAGGGUACGUCCCCAGCACCUCAAGCUCAGGGCCCCGCAAGCUGCAGGCCCUACGGCCAACGUGGAGCUGCGUGGCUCCCCAUCCGGACUGUCGCAGGAACCCCCAACUGGGCCGGGGAGGCCAGCGGGGGUCCGGCAGAGCCCCCGGCGGAUCAAGCCCGUGCGCAUCGUUCCGCCUUCCAAGCGCACGGACGCCACCAUUGCCAAGCAGCUGCUGCAGCGGGCUAAGAAGGGGGCCCAGAAAAAGAAGCUGCUGAAGGAGGUGGCGGCGGCCAUCGGGGGCCAGGGGGGAGUCGGAGUGGAGGGCGGCAUCAGGAGGAAGAGAAGGACACAGCUGAAGAACAUCCGGCAGUUCAUCAUGCCAGUGGUGAGCACGGUGUCACUGCGCAUCAUCAAGACGCCGAAGCGCUUUAUCGAGGAUGAGGCUAGCUUUGGCGUGCCACAGCCCCACCACAAGAUGGCGCGGGUGGACACUCCCACCCCUGCUGCUGGACCUCAACCCUCGUCUUCCCCUCUCUCUGUACCGCCGGUGACUAUUGUGUCCAGGCCGGCUGGUUCCGCCGGGGCGCCAGUACCCGUUGGCGCUGCCCCUCCAUCCUCGGCACCUGGUGUGUGUGCCGUGCCAGGCGGCAAUCUGCUUAACAGCAGCGGCUGCAACAACAGCAACGGGCGCUUCAGCAGCAGUGCGGCGUCCUGUGGCUCCAGCGCCGUAUCUCAGCACUCCUCGCAGCUUUCUUCCGGCGAGUCAUCGCGUUCCAGCAGCCCCAGCCUAGACUCCUCCAGCGACUCUCAAGCAUCCGAGGGCACGCAAGCGCCGUCUGAGGAACCCGACCGCUCGCCUUCGUCGCAGGGGGAUGGGGAGAUGAGGGUGUCAAGGCCGCCCUCGCCCCCCUCAGAGCCGGAGCAUGUCUCGGUGAUGGAGCGGGGCAGGAAGGGCCGUCAAGGGCAAGUGGCCGUGAGAGGAGGCUUGGUGGCUGGUGGCCAGGGUAGCCUGGCCGGGGGUAGAAAGAAGUCAAUCAUCAGCCCAGCCACGGGGGUGCUGCUGUCGUCUUCCUCCCGUGGGGGCUCCAAACAGGCCUCCUCGACGGCCUCCUCCUCAUCUUCACCGCCGCCGCCACCGCUACUGGCACCGCCGCAGCCCACUGCCUCCACUCCGUCGGCCAUCAGCGAGCACCACCAGCACCCAGCUUGGAUGGUGCCACACCCCAUUGCCCCUUUCAUCCCGGCGCCGGUGCUCUCGCCCCGGCAGGAGAAGCGUCACUCCAUCCUGCGGGAGCCCAUCUUCCGCUGGACCUCCAUGCCACUCUCCGAACAGCGGUACUUCUCCUCCGCCAAGUACGCCAAGGAGGGCCUCAUCCGCAAGCCCAUCUUCGACAACUUCCGGCCCCCGCCGCUCACCCCUGAGGACGUGGGCCUUCUGCCACCAGGUGGCGCCAGCAGUGGGGCAGCCGGUGCUGUAGGUAGUGGCUUCCCAGGGCCGACUGGAGGCCCCGGGGCAGGGAACCGGCUCUUCUCUCACCUGCCCCACCACCCGCACCAGCACUCGGCGUCACGCUUCGAGCCGCCACACCACAAGCGCAGCCCAUUGCUCCGUGCCCCCCAAUUCACGCCCAGCGCGGCACACUCCCGCAUCUUUGAGUCGGUCACCCUUCCUCCCUCCUCAGGGAGUGGCUCCGGCUCAGCGUCAUCGCUGCAGGCGCUCUCCACCCCCGCCGGCGAGUUCCGGCGUCGGCGUCGGCGGUCGUUUGCAGCGUUGCGCGGUCAGCCCAGGUCGCCGUCGCACUCCAUGACCACACGGAGCAGCCAGUCCAGCUCCCAGGCAAGCAAGGGCUCGUCUGAGCUCUCCCCGCUCCAGAGUCACACCAGUGCCGCCAGUUCCAGCUCCCUGCCAGGGGUGGCGGUCAGCCCUCUCGCCGCCAGUGCCUUAACCCCGCACACUUUCAACUCGUUCUCCUCGGGCUCGCUGAGCCAUCCGACGGAGGGCGCUGGGGAGUCGUACCAGCCGGUAGGCCGUAAGGCGGCAGGGGGCCUUGGCACAAGCGGGGACUCUUCCUCCGCCUCCUCGUCUCCGCUCUUCACCCUCUUUGCCUCCAGCACCCAGGCAGCCAGUGGGAGGGAGGGAAGCCGAGAGAGGGGGGCAUCCGCCUCCAGGGAAACUGGCACCAAGGAGAAGGAGCAAGAACCAGAGAGGAGUAGAGAGAGGGAAAAGGAGAACAAGAAGGAGGCUCAGAAAGAACGAGACAGGAGGGGGAAGAGUGCCGCCCUGGAGGGCUUGUCCUACACCAGCCCCAGCCUCUUCUCGCCAGACGAGGAUGCUGAGGAGUCUCCGGUGUCCAGUCCCCCAAAGAAGACACCUGGGCGUAAGAAGUGCAUCCCCGGCGACCCCGGGGCAGAGACCUCUCCUUCUCCCAUGCCAGGAUCCACAGAUGGGGGGUCUCUCCAGACGGCUGCCACCCCCCUGUCUCCCAAGGGGCGGGUCUCCAAAAAAGGGAGGCCCUCAGACAAGGGCCAGGAAGCAGAAGUGGGGGCCAAGGAGAAGGAGAGGGAGAAGGAGCGGGAACGGUUCGGGACUAUAGCGGUUCCGCCGCGGAAGCCGCCAACCGUCUCAUCGCUGGGUUCUGUGCUGGCUGCCGCCGCCGAUAAGCAGAAAAUGGCCGACCGGCGUGUGGCGGGGCUGCUAAAGAAGGCGCAGGACCAGCUGUACAGGAUCGAGAAGAGCAAGUCGCUGAAGUCGAGCGAGCCGCCCAAAGUCCAGGGCCAGGAAAGCGACUCUUCAGAGACGUCGGCCCGCGGGCCACGCAUCAAGCAUGUGUGCCGGCGUGCCUCUGUGGCCCUGGGGCAGAACCGGGCCGUGUUCCCUGAUGACAUGCCCACCCUCAGUGCCUUGCCGUGGGAGGAGAGGGAGAAGAUCCUGUCUUCCAUGGGAAAUGACGAUAAGUCAUCGGUAGCGGGCUCCGAGGAGGCGGAGCCCCUGGCUCCACCCAUCAAACCCAUCAAGCCCGUGACACGGAACAAGGCUCUCCAGGAACCCCCAGCACGCAAGGGACGGCGGUCGCGCCGCUGCGGGCAGUGCCCCGGCUGCCAGGUCCCGGACGACUGUGGCGUCUGCACCAACUGCUUGGACAAGCCCAAGUUUGGGGGUCGCAACAUUAAGAAGCAAUGCUGCAAGGAGAGGAAGUGUCAGAACCUGCAAUGGAUGCCGUCCAAAGCCUUUCUCCAGAAACAAGCCAAGGCCAAGAAGGAUAAAAAGAAAAACAAAAUGACUGAAAAAAAGGACUCGCAUCACUCCAGCGACCCCAAACCGGUUUCCCCCUCCCUGAGGGAGGAGCAGUCCCAGAAGAAGAGCGAAUCUCCACCCCCAAAACACGGCGAGGAGAAGCAGAGGCAGCCAGCAAGGCAGCAGUCGCCCCCACCCCUGAGCCCCUCCCCGAAAGACACGCCACCGGCGCUGCCGCGCUUGGAGCCGGCGCCCGAACCCAAGCAGCCCCCGGCAACGCCGCCCCUGCCCACCAUCGCGCCCAAGAAGGACCGCAAAGCGACACAGCCGGCUCCCCCCGCUACCUCACCCGGCCAGCUCCCACAGCCGCAGCCCCCCCUGGCAGAGAGCCCGCCGCCGGCAAAAAAGGACGGAGUCGCCAAGUCCGCCCCCGGCGAGCCCAAGAAGAAGCUCACGCAAAAGAACUUGGCCGUGCCAGUUACAGAGACAGCACAAGAUGGCAAGCAGGCGAAGAAAGCGCCCCCUCGUUUCGCCUCCCCCUCCAAACCGAAACCCAAAGACAAGGUACGCCAGGUGUUUUUCCAGGAGAGGCUGCCCCCUGCCCAUCCCGAAAGCGGUCCUUUAAACUCGCUGCGCACUCCCUCGACUGGAGGCCCCGCUAGGCAGAAGGUGCCCUGCGACGGAGUGCGUCGCAUCAGAGUAGACUUUAAGGAGGACUGUGACCUGGAUGCCGUGUGGGAGAAGGGCGGCCUGAGCCUGCUUACCUCUGUGCCAAUCAGCUCGCGCGUCGUCUGCUUCCUGUGCGCCAGCGGCGGCCAUGUGGAGUUUGUAUAUUGUCAGGUGUGCUGUGAACCCUUCCACCUAUUCUGUCUGGAGGAGACGGAGCGCCCCCUGCAGGAGCAGCUGGAGAACUGGUGCUGCCGUCGUUGCCGCUUCUGCCACACUUGCGGACAUCAGCACCAGAAGACCAAACUGCUGGAAUGCAACAAGUGCCGAAACAGCUACCACCCAGAGUGCUUGAGUCCCAACCAUCCCACCAGACCCACCAAGAAGAAAAGGGUCUGGAUCUGCACCAAGUGUGUGCGCUGCAAGAGCUGUGGGGCCACCACCCCCGGCAAGGCUUGGGAUGCCCAGUGGUCACAUGACUUCUCCAUGUGUCACGACUGCACCAAGCUGUUCGCGAAAGGCAACUUCUGCCCGCUGUGCAACAAGUGCUGCGACGAUGACGACGACUUCGACAGCAAGAUGAUGCAGUGUAGCCGCUGCGAGCGCUGGGUGCACGCCAAGUGCGAAAACCUGAGCGAGGAGAUGCAUGAGGUCCUCUCCAACCUGUCGGACACUGUAGCCUAUACCUGCAUCGACUGUGCGGAGCGCCACCCAGUGGACUGGAGGGCCGCACUGGAGAAGGAGCUGCAGGCCUCGGUGCAGCAGGUCCUCACCGCGCUGCUCAACUCCCGUACCUCCACCCACCUGCUCCGCUACCGACAGGCUGCAAUGAAGCCCCCGGAGCUGAACCCGGAACCCGAGGAGAGCCUACCCUCCCGGCGCUCCCCCGAGGGCCCUGACCCCCCUGUGUUGACGGAGGUGCCGCCCCCCAACGACUUUCCUCUGGAUCUGGAGUCUGUGAAAAGAAAGAUGGAGAUGGGGCGCUACAGUGCUGUGCUGGAGUUCAGUGAUGACAUCGUCCGCAUCAUCCAAACCGCCAUCACCUCUGAUGGGGGACAUCCCGAAAGCAAGAGGGCCAACAGCAUGCUGAAGUCCUUCUUCAUUCGGCAAAUGGAGCGCGUGUUCCCCUGGUUCAAGGUGAAGGAGUCCCGCUUCUGGAAGCCCCAGAAGGUGUCUUCCAAUAGCGGCCUGCUUCCCAAUGCUGUGCUGCCCCCUUCCCUGGAUCACAACUAUGCGCAGUGGCGGGAGGAGAUUGCACGGGCAGAGCAGCCGCCACUGAUGAAGAUGAUCAUCCCCGCCCCGCAACCGAAGACCCCGGGAGAGCCGGACUCGCCGCCGCCGCCGCCCCCACCUCCUCGGCACGUACUUGCCCCGGAGUUCAGCCGUGAGGGCAGCCCCGAGCUCCCCCCACCCCCUGAUGUCACCGACAACAGACAGUGCACGCUGUGCCUCAAGUAUGGUGACGACAAAACCAACGACAGUGGGAGACUCCUGUAUAUCGGGCAGAAUGAAUGGACGCACGUCAACUGCGCUCUCUGGUCCGCCGAGGUAUUCGAGGACGACGACGGCUCCCUGAAGAACGUCCACAUGGCGGUGAUCCAUGGAAAGCAGCAACGCUGCGAGUACUGUCACAAGCCUGGUGCCACUGUCAGCUGCUGUCUGACCUCUUGCACCAGCAACUUCCACUUCAUGUGUGCCCGCCUGUGUCACUGCGUCUUCCUGGAGGACAAGAAGGUGUACUGCCAGAAGCAUCGGGACCACAUCAAGGGGGAGGUGGUUUCAGAGUCUGGGUUCGGGGUGACUCGGAGAGUCCUAGUGGACUUCGAGGGCAUCAACCUGCGGCGGAAGUUCCUGAGUGGCCUGGAGACGGAAAACGUCCACAUGAUGAUAGGCUCCAUGACCAUUGACUGCCUGGGAAUCCUGACCGAGCUCUCUGACUGUGAGCAUAAGCUAUUCCCCAUAGGAUACCAGUGCUCGAGAGUGUACUGGAGCACUCUGGAUGCCCGGAAACGCUGCAUGUAUACCUGCAGAAUUAUGGUGUGUCACCCCCCAGUGGCAGAAACGGAGGUCAACAGCACCGUCGAGCAUGAGGAUAACCGCACCAUUUCCCAUAGCCCCUCCAGUGUCCAGGAUAUUGAAAUGUCGUUGCUACCUCCUCCCGGCACGAUGGAGUCUCCUCCUACUCAGACCAUGGACCAGCGGGUCACCCCUGCCACACCAAAGCUAAAGGCUGCUGCCAGAAGCAGGCACCCCAGCUACCCUCCGUGCCAAAGGUCUCCGGGCUCUAGGCCGCUCCCAUCGCCAGAAGGCCCGUCCAACUCCACCCAUGAGAUUGUGACUGUGGGCGACCCUAUGUUUAGCUCAAGCCUGCGUAGCAUCGGAUCCCGGAGACACAGCACCUCAUCCCUGUCUCCCCAGCCCCCUAAACAUCAAAUCCCUUCGCCUUCCCGAGCUGGGGGUGUGCUUGGUCGGCCAGGGGUAUUCUCCUCCACCCCGUCCCUCUUUCCUGCCUCCAGGGACCACGAGCGUGACGGGGGGAGGGACAGGUCUGCCCAACCCUUGUCCGACGGAAACCAGAAUCGUGAAUCCAGGACGCCGGGUACCAGCACGCAGUAUAAAAGUUUGUCGAAUGUGGUGGAAAAGCGAGUCGAAAGUAGUCGAAAAGAGGGUGCUUCCAAAAUAGCAGGGGAGGAGUGUGCAUUGGGCAUGCUGGUGGCUGCACCAGCUAGAGUAUCUCAGGUGCUGCCUGGAGGCACCUCAAUGCUAGCAGGACACCAGAAGAGCAGCAGCUCCAAGACAGAGAAGGCCAGACAAGGUGAGAAAGACACAGAACUCCCUGGCAACCUGAGUCACAUUUCCCGCCGUCCUCUCACCACCCUGCUGAAGGACACCAGCACCAGUGACUCUUCUAAGGAUAUGAGACUGAGCUCAGGGUCAGCUUCCAAGGAACCAACAAACCUGGGCCUGUCACAGUCUUCACAUCACAGGACCGCGAGUAGAAAACCCCGUGAUCACCUUUCAAGCCCCACCCCAGCUGCUGCCAUGAAGUUACCUUGGUCCUCUGGGGCCAUUGCCACUGAAGACACGGUCAAACGCAACCUACCAGCGGCCCCAGCGUCUGUUGCCAACCCAGGGGUCGCUGGCCUAAAGGAGACCCGCUCCAAGGGGAGGGUGGCAGAUGGCAGGGAAGCCGGGAAGGAGAGGGAGCGGAAAUCACAGAACAGCAUCCCCCAGGCCGCUAUCUCUACACGUGUUGACACUAAAAGCCCAGGGAUGCUGCAGGCUGAAGAGUUGCCUCUGAAGGCCAGGGAGAGGUUCUCCAGCCUUGACAAGAAAAACAGCAGCACCUCCGAGGGGAAGCAGUCCAGGUUUAGCCCAGAGAAAGGUUUCAGGCCUCUGCAGGCCACCAGUGACACGGCAGGGAAAGAGGGCUCUCAGAAGGACAAGAAACGCACAGUCAAGGUGACCCUGACCCCCCUCAAGAUGGAUCCUAAUGGGACGAAGAUGGUCAGCACCUCCUCCGACACCACCACAACAACCACUGUCUCACCCACGAGCCAGGGCUCACAUCGGCGUCCUUCCCGCCCCCUAGUAUUUUCACCAUCUGCCAGCUCAGAAAGUUCGGAGUCUGACCCCCAGCACCAUGUGGAUGACCCUGAAGAGCAUCUGCUGGCCCAGCGCUGUGUGAGAGAGGACAUUGAAGGCACUGAUGAGGGUGAGGAGCACCCCCUGGAAGAUGGCAGUAGGGCAGACAAGCAUCAAGAAGAGGACAGUGAUGGCUCAGGGUCUGCUAAGCGACGCUACCCGCGGCGCAGUGCACGGGCAAGAUCUAAUAUGUUCUUUGGCCUCACUCCUUUCUACGGUGUACGUUCGUACGGAGAGGAAGACAUCCCCUUUUACAGUAGUGGGGACAGCUCAGGAAAGAAGCGAGUGGGAGGUGGGGGCAGCAAGCGCUCUGCCGAAGGCCAGGUGGAUGGGGCUGAUGACAUGAGUACCUCUUCCUCGGGUGACAGUGGGGAUGAUGAAGAGUGUGGACUAGGGCAAUGCACCAAUGAGGACUCUUAUUACUACAAUUUCACUCGGACGAUUAUACACCCCAGUAGUGCGGUCUCUCCCACAGUGGGGAUGGAAGAGUGUCUGGGGGCAGGGUCCCAGCUCCAGAGAUUCCUGAAGGAGGAGACAGGAGGUGAGGAUAUGAUAGUGGAAGGAGGAGUGAGCAGAGCCAGGGCCGUAGGCCGGCCAAGGAUUGGUCAACUUGAUGGGGUAGAUGACGGCUCUGAAAGCGACGCCAGCACAAAUGCUUCUACCACUGCUGCAGCUACUUCAAACAAGAGCACAAGCAAGAGGAAGGGCAGGGAGAGUCGGUCCGACAAGCUGGACAUGGACUCGGGGAAGGAGGCUGAAACCAGCAGUAGCUCCAGGGGUGGGAGCAACAGUAGCAGCAGCAAUAGCCGUGAUAAUAGGAAGACACAGAAGGAGAACUGCCUCCCCUUAGGGGGUGUGAAGUCACAAGGGCAAGAUCCUCUUGACACCCAGUUGUCCCUUAACUCUGAGCUUCUCAAGUCUGAUUCUGAUAACACCAACAGUGAUGACUGUGGCAACAUUCUCCCUUCUGACAUUAUGGAGUUUGUGCUCAAUACUCCCUCAAUGCAGGCUCUGGGGCAACAACAAGAAGCUGGCUCCUCUGAGCUUCUCUCUCUGGAUGAAGGCUUUGGGCUCGAUGGAAAUCGUGGGAAGGACAUCAACCUCUUUGAAGACUUUUCCCAGCAGCUGCCCAGCACAGAACCCGUCGAGAGCACUGUGAAUCCUUCGAUCUCAGGGGAGGAAUCGUAUGGCCUCCCACUGGAGCUGCCGUCUGACUUGUCCGUGCUCACCACUCGUAGUCCGUCGGUAACCAAUCAGAACCAUGGAAGUCUGAUGCCUGAGUCCUCUGAUCGCUCGAUCCUGUCUCUGGCCUCCGGCGAUGCUGUGACGGAAAAGGGUGGGGAUAAACAAAGGGGAGGGGCGAGUAGCUCCAACAAGAACCAGCAGGGAGGGUCAGGAGGCGGAGAUGCACAGGUAGCAGAGGGUCACCUUACCCCAGAGCAUUUCAUUCCCAGUCAAAUAGAAGCAGAUCACAUGAGUAGUCCACCCAUUGCCCAGGUGGUAGAGCCAAGUAGCCAAGAAUUGACAAGGACAUCUGGAACUCCUGGAUUGCCAAACUCCCCAUCCUUACCCCUCCAGGGACAAAAGUACAUGAGUGCUCCUACGGAGAGUCCAGCUUCUGCUCAGGUUGCUAGUGCUGCUGUCCAGACCACUGCCACCCACCUCAAAUCAGGAACAGAGAAGCUUAUAGUUGUGAACCAGCGCAUGCAGCCUCUUUAUGUCUUGCAAACCCUUCCCAACGGUGUCACUCAGAAGAUCCAGAUUGCUCCUUCAGUGAGUACAGCGGGAGUGAUGGACACGAGCUCUAUGACCGGAGGUUUGACAUUAACACCUGGUCUCAGUACAGGAAUCCCAACCUCUCAGUCUGUGUUUCCUCCUGGUGGAAAAGGCCUGGUUUCCAUGUCCCACCAUCCUCAGAUCCAAGCUUUUACAGGUGCAGCUCAGGCCAGCUUCCAGCCUGGUAUCCCGAGUACCACCUCUGGACUUCUCAUUGGAGUACACUCUCAGGAUCCUCAAGUGUUGGUGUCUGAGGCCGGCCACCAUUCUGAGUUGACUCCAAAUGCCACCAUCGUCUCCAGUGCAGUACCGGUCUCUCCUUCUGUGGCCGGAGCAGCAUCGGGACAUGGGAAGAAGCGCUCCAUCUUUCGGUUUCCACCUCGUAAGGUUAAGAAGUCGGCUCGUUCUGGAAGUCAGUCUACCUUGACUCCAGAGGCAGGACCUAAUAUGACUCUUAUCAACUUCUCACCCACGCAGAUAUCUGCUGGGGUUCCUGCCCAGCCAGGGUUGGUGGAAUUGGGUCCUCUGACUACAACAGCAACAACAUCUCACCGGAAAGUUCCCAAUAUCAUCAAGCGGCCCAAAUUGGGUGUCUACUUUGAACAGACACCACUGCAAGGACUUUCUGCCCCUACCAUGCAACCGGGAAUUCUGGGACAUGAGACUUCUGCACACCUAGUUCCCUGCAGUGUGUCUGGGCUGAAUCCAAGUCAGUCUGUCUUGAAUGUGGUCUCUGUCCCAGCCGGUGCCUCCACCAACCUCAUUGGUGCCCCAGGACUGCUUGGCACCACUGAUAUAAGCAACCUGCUUCUUAAGGCCAGUCAGCAGAGCCUCAGCCUACAAGAGCAACAAAUGGUCCUCCAAUCUGGCACCCCCAUGAUCUCACAGCUUAGCAGCUCUUCUCAGACCCCCAACACAAACAGCAUUUGUGUCCUUCCCCCGCCUCAGACUAUCAGCAUGGCUGUCAAUCCACAGGCAGAUCAAGUGGGUGCAUAUCAACUCCAGCACCACCCAGCAAGCCUCAUGCCAACGGACAAACCUCAAGUCCUAGUACCUGGCCCUUCAGGACCCACACUUCAGACGUCCCGUGCUGUAGUGCAGGAGACGAGCAGAUGUCGGCCGGCCAGCGUCUCGCCCCUCACUUCGCGUACCAUUCCCUUCUCCCGGGCCUCAGACCAACAACUGGUGCACAAGGUCACAAGUGGGACACCAUCAGCAUUGAUGACAGCUUCCACUGCUGGCAAGGGAAAGCAGAAAACCAAGAGAUCCCAGCAUAGUCCAGACAAGGUCAGUAACAAGAAACACAAGCUGUCUCGAUUGGAAAGCCCCCAGGAGAACCUUGGAGCUACCAACACGACCCGCAGCCGUGGCCCUGCACCUGAGUUUCAGCGAUCCAUGUCUCCUGAGCUCAUGGAGACGGAGAGACCUGAGGAGAGGAAGCGUAUUGUAUCCCGUGAAAAACCUGACCCCCAAGCAAUACAUCCUCGGAGCACAGAGACCAUCGAUGUAAAGCCCAAGACCACAGCUCUUAGCCUGAAGGAAGAGUCUGGAUCAGGCACUCUUCAAGCAACCAUUCUGGACCCCUUGCUAGAUGGGAAGCCCAAAAAGGGGCUGAUGUUCGAGAUCUGCAGCGAUGACGGUUUUCAGAUUCGCUGUGAGACCAUCGAAGAGGCCUGGAAGUCAUUGACGGAUAAAGUUCGAGAAGCACGCUCCAAUGCCAGGCUCAAGGAGUUGUCCUUUGAAGGGGUCAACGGGCUAAGAAUGCUGGGAGUGAUCCACGAUGCCGUGGUCUUCCUCCUGGAACAGCUGUACGGGGCCCGGCAUUGUAGUCGCUACCGCUUCCGCUUCCACAAGCCCGAAGAAUCAGACGAGCUUCCCCUGAACCCACAUGGGGCCGCCCGGGCAGAACAGCACCACAGGCGGACAGUGUUUGACAUGUUCAACUUCCUGGCGUCCAAGCACAGGCAGCCUCCGGAGUACAACCCAUUUGACGAGGAGGAAGAGGAAAGUCUGCUGAAGUCGGCCCGCCGUGCCGCUGGCCUGGAUCUGCCCUUGCCUGUGAGGUUCAGACACUUGAAGAAAACAUUCAGGAUGACGGUCGGGGUCUACAGGUCCGCCAUCCACGGCAGGGGCCUUUUCUGCAAGCGGAACAUCGAUGCAGGAGAGAUGGUGAUUGAGUACUCGGGCAACGUCAUCCGGUCAGUUCUCACCGACAAGCGGGAGAAAUACUACGAAAGCAAGGGUAUCGGCUGCUACAUGUUCCGCAUCGACGACUACGAAGUGGUGGACGCCACAGUGCACGGCAACGCGGCACGCUUCAUCAACCACUCGUGUGAGCCCAACUGCUACUCGCGUGUCCUCAGCGUCAAUGGACAGAAGCACAUCGUCAUCUUCACCAUGCGCAAGAUCUACCGGGGCGAGGAGCUCACCUACGACUACAAGUUCCCCAUCGAGGACCCCGGCAACAAGCUGCCCUGCAACUGUGGUGCCAAGACGUGCCGAAAGUUCCUCAAUUAAUCGGCCCCUGACCUUUCUGUGACCUCCCUCCUGGCUGCUACGCACUCUGUCUUGGCUGCGGCCUACCUGGUGUUCCUAGGGACAAUGCACCAUGGACUCCUGCAGUUUUGGCGUGUGCUGUGUUUUUCAGCCAGGGGGAGGCGCAAGUCUCGAUGCUGUUGAGGUGAGAGGCUCAAAUGAUAUUGCACUAUGAUAUGGCCCCAGUUUGGAGAAGGGAGUGUUGCAUACGCAAGCUGUUCAUCGUUGUGCCUCGCAUUUCCGCAUUACUCUCGAUAGGCCCGUCGCAUGGGUCGAGAGAGAAGCCAAGGGGCAAAAAAAAAAUGUGCACAAAUGAAACAGUGGCAUGCGGCGGGGGCUGCUGUUCGAGAUGUUUAAUGCUGUUGCACCGUUUACGCAUGGGAGAUGAGCAGCAAAGCCACAAGUCCACUCAUUACAUCUUAUCAAACAUUCUUUGACAUGGGAUGUUUUAAAAGUAAGACAAAAACAAGCGAUUUUAACAUAUAUUUUUUUUUAAAUUAGAAACAUUAACAGCUGCACAUUUGGGUUCGUUUUUCCUUUUUAAAUUUACACCAAAGUGCAAUUUGUUGAAGGGAAAUGGUAAUCUUUCUUUCUUAUAGCAAAAAAAAACAAAAUGUUUUGGAUCUACCAAUCAGAAGUGUUGCUUCCCUGUUAACCUCUCCAUUCCUGAGGCAUCUCAGCAUUUGAAUGUCUGUAUGGGCCUAACCGAGUCGCCAUGGUAGCAUAAUUCGGGCCUGUGUUGAAUCUUCCUUACAGUUCGUUUGAAGCCUUUUGUGUACGGAUUCUCUUUUUAACUGACUGUUGAGUCUAGAAUGACAAUGUUAUAUUUCCUAUUUUUUUAAACACUAGAGGGAGCAUCAGUCCGGGCAACAGCCUUGCCGGAAAGUCUCCUAGCAGAUGGGACUGAUGCUAAAGAUGGUGUUCGCAUGCGUGAACCUGUGACACAAGCAGCUUUUGGCGAUUGGUGCAGGUGUUGGGUGGACGUUCUGGUGGACUGACAGUCGAUGGGCAGAGCUGUAUUUAUUUAAUUUUUUUUCGUUCUUAAACUUUUGUUUCAUUGUGAGCCGUUUUGUUUUAACAUAGGAUGUGGUUGAAGAUUCGAGCAGAGCCAGUGAUUUGCGCUACAUAACUCCUCACCAUACAAUAGGAUCUUGGUCUAAACCCGUUGCGUAGUUUUUCUCAAAGUUGUCCAGUUUACUGCCAGUGAACCCCAAAAGCUUUCACUGGUACCAAUAGCUGUUUUCAGCAACAAUGGGUUAAUGGUUUUUACUUUAUUUAUGGAUUCCAUUGGGCUGGAUCUUCUGGGCGUUUAAAUACUGGGACUGAAAAAUCCCAGUGUCUUUAUAAAAUGUAAAUAAUAAUGUAUAUUUUUCUAUUCAUGUGACGUAAGGAAAACGCACUUGCUGAUUUGAAAAAAAAAAAAGCACUUAACGAUUGUAUUUAUUUUUUUAAGGAAUCAUAUUUAUUUUACUGGCUCCUAUUUUGUAGGAAACUGAGAUGUUUACAAAUCCUUAAGCUCAGUUCAGUCUUUUUUUAAAGAGCUGCCUUAUUUAUUUCACCUUAUAAAAUGUGUCUUUAGUUGUUUUCAUGUCUUUCUACAGCCUGAACGUUCCAAAGAUGACCUGUCACUAUUGCUCUCGAAUGCAGUCCACCAGUAACUUAAGGUUUCAUUGCGCUAAAUGUCAUUUUUAAACAGCGUCAGUGAGCUGUUCUCAAAUCGUUCCCCAUAAAAAGAGAGGACGCCAUAUUGGAUUUACCUACACCGAUAUGUGCUGGUAGAGAUCCUCCUUGCCGGCAGCCAAAGGAAAAAUUUUGGCGCGGUCUAAGAUCAUUGUGCUGUCAUUUAUCUCUCCUUUGGUUUUGAAUCUUUUCUUCUUCAUUUCGUUCUUUAAAGGGCCAGAGCACGUGAUUUCUCAGUGCGGCGCCCUUUCACAGCAAACGAAACGUUUGGAUUGUGUUUUCUCCUUUCCCCGCCUUGGCGGUCUCGUACGUUCAGAUUUCAACAAGCAUGGCGAUGGGUGACCGGAUGUAACUGCAUCUUUGCAGGGAUGCUUUAAUGCCGAGGAAACUUUACUUGUAUUAGGUUUCUUCCGUUUGCAUUAAGCUGGUAUUUCUGGAAGGUUCUGCAGUCCAGUAGAAGGAAGAGGCUGACUGUCUCUGUUCUUUCAGCGCUGCUGGGGGGGGCAGGGGGGGGGACCGUGCGCGACUUCGUCGCCUUGCACGCUUGCUUCCGGUAAACGCGCGGCGCCUCGUCAGUUCUCAGUGUCCAACUCAUCCAGUGCCGCCUAAUCGGAGAGCCUGAGCUCUCGCGAUUGCUGUAAAAUAAAAUAAAAUAAACAAAAAUAAUAAUAAACGCCACACAGUCACAGAGAGGACGAGUGCUGGCGUGGGAGAUGAGGGGGUGGGGAAGCUAGGAUUUAGGGCUUUGCAUUGGCUCUAGAUGUUCAGUCAGUGAAGUCAAGCUCCGCCCUUUCCUCACCUUACAUUCUUCAUGUCCACCUCUAAAAUAAUACAAAAAAAAAAAAUAAAAAAAUUAAAAUAUAUAUAAAACAAAAAAAAUCCACACAAAAUAGCGGCUGCAGCGUCCCCCAGAGCCCCGCCCUGGCCUAGGCUGUCCCGUGAAGCAGGUUUGCCCACCUCCCACUCAGCAGGCCGGGCUUUAUCACCAGUUAAUACAGCUGUCCAAAUUGGGCUUCACAAAUGCAGUGACAUCAUACAGGAAGGAAGCCAGUGAAGAUUUGUGCCUAUUAACCAAAGUGUGAUUGAAUCCCCUUGUGGCCAAUUCUGGCAAUUGGUUAUCAGUAACUAAUCUUUACUCUAAACCAAUGUUUCUCAACCCAGUCCUUGGGGGGGGCCAGGCAGUUUUACUCCUUCCCAGCCCCCACCAGCCUGUACUUGGUGAUUGGGGGAUCUCAAUUGGCCGGGAGCCGGGAGAGAGCAAAGAUGUGGACUGUCUGGGGACCCCCCCGAAAUGGGUUGAGAAACACUGCUCUUGAUCGGCCAUCUGUCCAGAUUCCCUGGCCUAAGUGUCCUCUUGUACCAGAGAGAGAACAAAUUAAUUUGGGAAUAGGUGGCUUCCUGCAGGUUGAACAUUCCCAGCCGUUGUGCGCUCCCUACAGCGCCAGCCCCGGCUCGCGGAGGCCCGGACAGACUGCUUCUCCUCACAGACGUCCCCAUCUCACAUUUUCACAGCCUGGAGCGUGCCGUGCAUUCAGGGAUACAGCAUCUUCUGGUUCUCGACUCACCGCUCUCCUCUCCCCUUUGGCGUUUUGGCACGGGGGGUCUGCGGAACCCUGCAGCUCGCUGUCUGAUGAAUGUAUAUCGACAGGAAAACCACAAAAAAAAAACAAAAAAACAAAACGGACAACGGUAAUGGUGACUUCAUUCUGCAGUUAGCUUAAAGAAGAGGCUAGACGUUCUAGAUGUUAGGAAAGGGGACGUCGCCGAGAGCUCCGUAGAAAAAUGGAGUCUGUGGAUGGACCGAACUCUGUAAAGGCAGGAGGACAACACUGGGGGGGGGGUGUGUAUGUUCAGAAGGGCCUUGGCUAGAUAGUUCAGUGGCAGGAUUCAGUUCAAUGCAAUACUCUCUAGACGCUUAUCUCUAUCUGCCAGUGAACCUCUCCCGUCGUCCAGGGUGUCCCGUGGUCAGACCCGUCGCAGGGGGUCACACCGUCCCCCGUGACGCUGUCUGUCAGCUCCUUUUUGUCUGUAGUCGACUGCUCGCUCUUCCACUUCCUCACUCUUUUUAAAUAUAUAAAGUCUAUAUACACAUAUAAAUAGUGACUUGUACUUCAGUAUCUACAUAAUAUAUGGAAUGGACAAACUUAGUUACAGUAGCAAAACAGCAGCUUAAUUAAGGUUAAUUGCAUCUUUCAACGUACUCGAUAAUGGUUUUGUGUUACAGUAUCAGUUUAGAUCUAGACUAAUGUCGUACAGCAACUUUGUAUAUUGAUAUCCAGUACCAGUUCCUCCUUGUGGAACACUGCAGUCUCUUUUUGCUUUAUUUUCUAAGGGAACGAUAUUUAUAGUAUGGAAAAAAUGUAUAUGUGUAAUGUGGUUGUGAACUUCUUGAGGUCAGCCAUUUGAUUAUUGUGUUUUUAUUGUUGUAGUGAGAUGUUUCUUUUUUUGUUUGUUUUAUUUUAAUUUCCUUUGUACAUUUUUACAGGGAUUUUAGAUGGCUUACUUGGUGUGGUAUUAUUCUGUUGAAAUAGUAAUGGUCAGUGAAUGGAUACUUAAUUUUCCCCCGCCCCCCCCCACAAUAUCACAUAGCAAGCCUUUUCUCUGCCCCAGCCUCCUUUGCCCCAAACAGGUACUCAUUCAUAUUCCUUUAAGUAGUCCUGGUAAAUAUUUAAUUUAUAAAGAGGAGUAUUUAAAUAACAAUUUUAAGCAAUGAUUUUAUCAGUCGUUACUGUUGUUGUUUUGCGCUGUUUUUACCUCCCGGGCCACCGUAGGUGUCAUAUGGCUGCGCUGGGGUGGGUGGAGUCUGCAGGCAGCAAGUUGUUGAUAAUCUUGUGCUUGUAGUUCUGUGACGUUUUUGUUGGAUGAAGUGGUGGGGGGGUGAGUUGGGGAAAUUUGAAAGAGGGGUUGGCUCUUAUUUUUAUUUUUGUUGUCUUUCUCUUCUCCACGGCCUUCAUCCGAGCUGUUCUGUCCAGGUGUGUUUCUCCCUGUACUCUCUCGCGCUCCUUCUUCUCCGCUUCUCAAGCUUCACCACGACGACGAUGACGGUGAUGAGGAUUAACUGUGUUUUGUCGCUAUAACUUUGUUCCAGUGUUAUACCACAGAAAUGAAGGAAAGACCGCUAAGUAACGAUUUAAAAAAAAAAAAAGUACUGACACUACUUAAGUCUGAAUGUAAAAUAAUGAAAACGAACUCUUGUACAUAAUUGUAAAAAGGAAAGUUUCUAAUCAUGUUUAUUUUCUAUGCACUUUUUUAUUUAAGUGAUAGUUUAAAUAAUAAACAUAUUCAGUUUA